AUGGUGAAGUUCACCAUCGAUGAGCUGCGCAAGCAGAUGGAUCACAACAAGAACAUCCGUAACAUGUCCGUCAUCGCACACGUCGAUCACGGUAAAUCCACGUUGACGGACUCCCUCGUCGCCGCGGCGGGGAUCAUCGCGCAAGAAAACGCUGGUGACGCGCGUCUCACGGAUACGCGUCAAGAUGAGCAAGAUCGGUGCAUCACAAUCAAGUCCACCGGUAUCUCUCUGUUCUACGUCAUGGACGACGCCGACCUCGCGCGAUUACCGAAGAAUGUCCCGCGUGAUGGUAACAACUACCUGAUCAACCUGAUCGACUCCCCGGGUCACGUUGACUUCUCCUCCGAGGUGACGGCGGCGCUUCGUAUCACGGACGGCGCCCUCGUCGUCGUUGAUUGCGUUGAAGGUGUGUGCGUCCAAACCGAAACCGUGCUUCGUCAAGCGCUCGGUGAACGCAUUAAGCCGGUCAUGACUGUCAAUAAGCUCGACCGUUGCUUCCUCGAACUCAUGUAUGACGGUGAAGAAGCUUACCAGAACUUCUGCCGUGUCAUCGAGAAUGCGAACGUCAUCAUGGCCACGUACACCGAUGCAGCUCUCGGCGAUGUUCAAGUCGCACCGGAGAAGGGCACCGUGUGCUUCUCCGCUGGUCUUCACAACUGGGCGUUCACGCUCACCGUGUUCGCCAAGAUGUACGCCUCGAAGUUCGGCGUCGAACAAGACAAGAUGAUGGAAAAGCUCUGGGGCGACAACUUCUUCGACCCGGCCGAAAAGAAGUGGACCAAGAAGAACACCGGCUCCAAGACGUGCAUGCGUGCGUUCGUCCAAUUCUGCUACGAGCCGAUCCGCCGUGUCAUCGAUGCCGCUAUGAACGACAACAAGGAAAAGCUCUGGCCGAUGCUUGAAAAGCUUCAAGUCAAGGAGAAGCUCAAGCCGGCUGACUUUGACUUGAUGGGCAAGCCGCUGAUGAAGCGUGUCAUGCAAACCUGGUUGCCUGCUGACGUCGCUCUUCUUGAGAUGAUUAUCUACCACUUGCCGUCCCCGGCCACCGCGCAAAAGUACCGUGUCGACACCCUCUACGAGGGUCCGCUUGACGACAAGUACGCCACCGCCAUCCGCGAGUGCGACGCCAACGGUCCGCUGAUGUUGUACGUUUCCAAGAUGAUCCCGACCGCCGACAAGGGUCGCUUCUUGGCCUUCGGCCGUGUCUUCUCUGGUACCGUCCAAACCGGCCAAAAGGUGCGCAUCAUGGGCCCGAACUACGUUCCGGGUGACAAGAAGGACUUGUACGUCAAGUCCAUCCAGCGUACCGUCUUGUGUAUGGGUCGCCGUCAAGACGCUGUUGACAACGUGCCGUGCGGUAACACCGUCGCCAUGGUUGGUCUCGACCAGUUCAUUCAGAAGAACGCCACCAUCACUGGCGAAAAGGACGUUGACGCGCACACGAUCAAGGCAAUGAAGUUCUCUGUAUCGCCGGUCGUUCGCGUCGCUGUUGAGUGCAAGAACUCUCAAGAUCUUCCGAAGCUCGUCGAAGGUCUCAAGCGUCUCUCCAAGUCCGAUCCGAUGGUUCAAUGCCAAAUCGAAGAGACCGGUGAGCACAUCGUCGCUGGUGCUGGUGAGCUUCACCUCGAAAUUUGCUUGAAGGAUCUUCAAGAAGAUUUCAUGGGUGGUGCCGAAAUCCGCAUCUCUGACCCGGUUGUGUCCUUCCGUGAAUCCGUCAACGGCACCUCCGACCACAUUUGCAUGUCGAAGUCCCCGAACAAGCACAACCGCCUUUACUUCCAAGCGGUGGCGAUGGACGAGGGUCUUGCCGAAGACAUUGACAACGGUGAGGUCACCCCGCGUGACGACCCGAAGAAUCGCGGCCGCUACUUGGCCGACAAGUAUGGCUGGGACAAGGAUCUCGGUGCCAAGAAGAUCUGGUGCUUCGGUCCGGAAACAACCGGCCCGAACCUCAUCGUGGACAUGUGUAAGGGUGUUCAGUACCUCAACGAAAUCAAGGAUUCGUGCGUUGCGGCGUUCCAAUGGGCGACCAAGGAAGGUGUGCUCGCCGAAGAAAACAUGCGUGGCAUCAAGUUCGAGAUCCACGACGUCGUUCUCCACACCGACUCCAUUCACCGCGGUGGUGGCCAAAUCAUCCCGACGUGCCGUCGUGUCUUGUACGCUUCCAUGCUCACCGCGGAGCCGCGUCUCCUCGAACCGGUCUACUUGGUCGAAAUUCAGGCUCCGGAGCAAGCGCUCGGUGGCAUCUACUCUACCGUCACCCAAAAGCGUGGUAUGGUCAUUGAAGAAGUCCAACGUCCAGGUACGCCGAUUUACAACAUCAAGGCGUACUUGCCGGUCAUGGAGUCUUUCGGUUUUACGGGUACUCUUCGCGCGGCGACUUCCGGCCAAGCGUUCCCGCAAUGUGUGUUCGAUCACUGGGAUAUGCUUAACAGCGAUCCGCUCAACCCGGAUUCUCAAUCCGGUAAGCUUGUCUGCGAUAUUCGUAAGCGUAAGGGUUCCAAGCCGAACGUCCCGCCGCUCAACGAAUACGAAGACAAGUUGUAA